AUGUCGGACUCUAUAGUAGUCCAACCAAGAAAGCCGGCCAGCAGAGGCAGCAGACGAGGCCGGAAGCCCACCUCGUGCACGCAGUGCCACCUGAGGAAGCAAAAGUGCGAUCGGAACCAGCCGUGCAACCGCUGCUUACAGCGUGGAGUUGCUCACCUUUGCGGCGACUCCACGGCGGCCAAUGGAGUGACCAAGGCUUCUGAGACGCCGCAGACCGUGGCUGUCGGUCAGCCUUGUGCUUCCUUGUCCCCGAGGCCCAGGAGAGUCAUUCAGCCGCCCAUGAGUCCGAGAUUGGGGUCGUUGUUUGCAAACAGGGGGUCGAGGGCUUUCUACGGGUCUUCCUACUUUGGACAUCAAGUGGCAGCCAGGAUAUUGAGUGAAGAGGGCCAAGACCUACCAUCAGGAAUAUCACGAGGUCGAGAUACACUGCAGUCUUUUCGGGACGAAUCAAGUUCGUUUGCCCAGGUUUGGGACCUUCUCGGGCUUUUACCACGUCAAAAGUCCACAGUUGAUCGUUUGGUCAACAUCUUCCUGGCAGAGGUGAACUGGUCUUUGGAUGCAGUUCACGAGGCGACGUUUAGGAGCAGCUAUGACGAGUUUUGGGGGAGACGAUUUGGAUUCGAUGACUUGGCCAAUGUUGAUCUUCGUUGGUUGGGGCUCUUGUUCAUCAUUUUGGCAUUUGGGGUGUUGCUUGAUGCACCACCGCGAUUGACGCUGGAUGUGCAGCGAGAGCGGGAAGAGGCGUCUCUACGAUUCUACUGGGCUGCCAGAAGAGCAAUUGUCAUUGCUCCAUCAUUCUACGGAGAAAGCACAGAUAUUGUGCGGGCUGGACUACUCGUCACACGAUAUCUCCUCCACACGCGACGGGUUUCGGAGUCGUGGCUGACGAUUGGAUUCGCGUCACGGAUGGGACAAGCCCAGGGGAUGCACGUUGACGGUGAGAGAUGGCGAAUGUCGCGGAAAGCCACCGAGCAGCGGAGGCGGCUCUGGAGCCACAUAUACGCCAUUGACCGCAUGAUAUCCCUCGCGUUGGGCCGGCCAUAUGCCAUCAACGACGAGUUUUGCCUCACGCACGAGGCUGAAAACGUCUGGUUGGACGACAUGGGGGAGGAAGAAGCUGCCUGCGUUGCCCCCCAGCCGCUAAACAUGCCAACGCCAAGCGUGUUGUCAUUCCUGCUCUACCGGCUUGCCAAAGUCAUUGGCAAGAUUCAGGAGAAGUGCUUCGGGCUGGAAAGGGCCAGCUACGAAGCUGUUCUUCAGCUCGACGCCGACUUGGUCACGUGGAGCGAGCAGCUGCCACCCUACUUCCGCCUGGACAACCCGGAUAUCUCAGGGGAUGAGGUUCUCAAAUUCCUGCCCUGGCACCGACUCUACCUACAUACAUCAUUUCACUUUGCCAGAAUCAUCCUCCAUCGGCCUUUCUUGCUGCGGGAGUCCAUCACGGAUCGAUUCCGAACCAGCCACGAGGCGUGCAUGUCCUCGGCGCUGUCUGAUUUGAAAAUUCGACUUCGCACAAUGAAUAACUCGACGGCGGACAAUCUGCGAUGGGCUUUCGGAGCGCACAAUCUCUUCAACAGCGCCAUGAUCCUGGGAAUCAUUGCCGUGAAGAACCCCCAUUCGACACAGGCGGGUGCCAUAUUGGAAGACCUGGAAGCAUACUGCGAGAACAUGCAUCGAGACCUUUGGCUGAACGAGUUUGGAAUGGCGGAGCUCAAGGUCAUUGAGCUGUGUAUUGCAAAGGCGAGGGACUCGAGGAGCACGCUGACGGGUGUCUACCCGUCUUCUGGGUCCCCGGCCGAACCGCCCGGCUCGAGAGGGAGUAAUGCCGUCGAUGGUCGUGGGCGACUGCGUCCGCCGGACUUGGAGUCUCCGGCCAUGUCUUCGGACAUGAGCUCCAUCUACUGGCCGACUGUCUGGGAGGACGGACAGUUUUCGUUUCCUGGCGCGGCGGACUUUAGUACGUGGGAGCAGAUGAUAUCAGAUAUUGCAGAGGAUAGCUAUGUGGGGCCUAUCGGGCAGUAA